GGAUCCCGGGCCUGAGUGGACCGUGCUGCCAGACCCGCGGGGAAUCCCUCCUUCGCCCGCGCUUUCGUCCCAUCGCGUCUCCGCGGCCUGCAGCCUGGGUGGGAUCAUGGAGCGGGACGAAGGGCGGGAAAUGGGAUCCCAGUGCUGUGAGUGGCUCCGGAGGUACGCUCCUCCGGCAAACCCGCUUCAGACACGUCAGUAGGACCUGCAACUAGAAGAGGGGCAGAAUCAAGAAGUCCGAGCUGCGAGAGGAAGAGAGUCCCCGCUCUAGAGCUUCACCUUCAGUCCAUCCCACCCGUGCCCUCGCAAAGAGGGCCCGGACCUAGCCAGAGGAGCUUCGGAGGGUCUCGGGCCUCUACCCUCCCCAGGCCCAGAAGUCCCAAGAAGCCGAAGCCGGGCCUGGGGCCGCUUUGCUCCCCGACGCCCGCCUCCGCUCUUGUCGUUUGUUCAGCGAUGGCCGGCGUGCGCUUAGGAAGGCAUUUGUCACCGUGAGGUGGAAGAUGCAGGGGGAGAGGGAAGCGCCGGCUCGGCUACCCUCUUCCCAGAACCCUUCAGCUUGGCCUGGCUGAGGAUUGAGGAAAAAUGGGAACUUGGGUGGAGGGUGAAGGUUGAGAUGCCCAGCCUCAAACUUAGAAGUAGAGCGAAAACGGGUUAUUUCGAAAUAAAGAAAGAACGUGACUUACAAGAGGGUUAUUUACCCAUCCCUCCCUCGUUCCCCUAUAAUUGCCAGCUACUGAAAUGAUGAAGGGACUGCAACCCACCCCCUGCCACGGCCCCAUCGCAGACUGACAGGCAUCCCCGAGCAGGACGUCUGAAUGCCUCUUUUCCCCCAGCUUGGGGCUGCUGCUUUGGGGAAGCCCUGCUCAGGGAGCGGUGUUGAGGAUUUCCAUUAGCUGCAGCCAGGCUCCUGGGAGCCCCCAUGCUCCCGGGGUGGGAGGCGGGUUCCGGACGGCGCGCUAAUGCAGCGCCGGCAGCAAAAUCCGCUGUUGGACGGGACGCCGGCCCAACCCCCGCUGGCCCGGAGCCGGACCCCCCGCCCCGCGGGGCUCUAGUAUAGUUGAGGGCGCCCGCAGGGCCGAGACAAACACCGAGGUCAGAGAGCACGUCCGAGCCUGCGAAGGGAGGAGCGGCUAGUUGCUCCGGCUGCAGCUGCAGCGGCCCUGCAGGAGCCAGAGAGCCCGCGCCCGGUGCUGGGGUUUAUGCACUUCUUCCUUUUGCUACUUCUCAGCUGCGGCCCCUGAGGGCACAGCGACUCAUCGUCUCCCCCCGCAGCUACACACCAAGCGGGGCCGACGGGAGGGGUCGGGGGAGUUGCUCUGAUGCUUAUCCCGUGCCCCGAUCCUUGAUCUCCGAGUGUCCCCACUCUCUGCCGCCAACACCCCACUCCUCGGCUCGCUGCCCUCCCCACUCCCUUCCGGCUCGCCGGCGCGUCCUCGCUCCCUUUUAGUGGCCUAGGCUCCUUUCACCUUCUGCUCCAGCUUGUCGCAAUCGCUGUACAAAGGGCCUGGGGCGGGAUUGGGGGCGGGCGAGGGGAGCCGGGCCCGAACUGGCUGCCUCUGCGGGGCCACGGCCAAUCCGGAGCGCCCACCGCCCACCCCCACCCCCGCGCAGGAGAGCCCUGGGCAGCAGCCCGCGGCCGGGCGGAGUCGCCCGCAGAGUGGGGAGCUCGCCGAGGGGACGGCCCCGCCGCCUGCCGCCCUGCUACCUCGCCAUGCCGCCGUGGGACGCCGCCCUCGCCCUGCUGGUGGCCGCGCUCGCCCUGCUUGGCCUGCUGGCCCCGCGGCUGCGGCGCGCCGUCGGAGCGAGGACUGUGCCGGCUGCCCGCGGCCAGGACCACGAGGAGGAGACAGACGGCGGAGGUGCCGCAGACCGGUUCAGCGACGGGCGGGAGCCACUGCCCGGCGGGUGCAGGCUCAUCUGUAAACCGUCGGCGCUGGCUCAGUGCCUGCUGAGCGCCUUGCGACGCUCGGCGGCGCUGGAGCCGCGCCCGCGCUCCUGGCUCUGCGGACCCCACCUGCAGACCCUCUGCCACUUCGUGCUGCCCGUGGGGCCGGGGCCUGAGCUGGUCCGGGAAUACCUGCAGUUAGUGGACGACGGGCUGGUGGCUCUGGACUGGGUCGUGGGACCUUGUCCCCGGGGCCGGCGGGUCACCAACGCGGGAGGCCAUCCCGCGGUGCUGCUGGUAAUCCCCAAUGCGUGGGGGCGCCUCACUCGCAACGUGCUCGGCCUCUGCCUGCUUGCCCUGGAGCGCGGCUACUACCCGGUCAUCUUCCACCGUCGCGGCCACCACGGCUGCCCGCUGGUCAGCCCCCGGCUGCAGCCUUUCGGGGACCCGUCCGACCUCAAGGAGGCUGUCACUUACAUCCGCUUCCGACACCCGGCGGCCCCUCUGUUCGCGGUGAGCGAGGGCUCGGGCUCCGCGCUCCUGCUGUCUUACCUGGGCGAGUGCGGCUCGUCCAGCUAUGUGACCGGCGCCGCCUGCAUCUCGCCGGUGCUGCGCUGCCGAGAGUGGUUUGAGGCCGGCCUGCCCUGGCCCUACGAGCGGGGCUUCCUGCUCCUCCAGAAGAUGGCCCUCAGCAGGUAUGCCUCGGCCCUGCAGGACGCCGUGGACACCCACAGGCUGUUCAGGAGCCGCUCCCUUCGGGAGUUUGAGGAGACCCUGUUCUGCCACACCAAGAGUUUCCCCAUCAGCUGGGACACCUACUGGGACCACAACGAUCCGCUCCGGGAUGUGGACGAGGCCGCGGUGCCUGUGUUGUGUAUUUCCAGUGCCGACGACCCCGUGUGCGGGCCCCCGGACCACUUUCUGCCCGCGGAACUCUUUCACAGCAACCCCUACUUUUUCCUCCUGCUCAGUCACCAUGGAGGCCACUGCGGCUUCCUGCGCCAGGAGCCCUUGCCAGCCUGGAGCCACGAGGUCACCUUGGAGUACUUCCGGGCCUUGACUGAGUUCUUCAGAACGGAAGAGAGGAUGAAAGGGCUGAGCAGGCACCGGGCUUCGUUCCUGGGGGGCCGGCGUCACUGGGGGACCCUGCAGAAGAGAGAGGCCUUUCCCUCUUCCAAUCUGGAGGAGAUCUUUAGCUGGAAGAGAUCAUACACGAGGUGAGGGCCUGCCUGAGAAUAGAGCUGGGCGUGCAGAGUCCUGAACCAGCUGUGAGGACAGAAGGGGGGCCGCACUCCGGGACCUUUGUGGCUGAUUCGGCCCCUGUCUUAGACUGGUCUGUGGAAGAAGGAACUUCCAGGAAGCUGGUGCUGAAUUUAUCCUGAGAACACUCCUGCCCCAGGCUUUGCUCAACACAUUCCAGCUCUUCCUGGUCUGCAGCUGGGCUGUCACUGUCAUGCUGUCCUGCCACUGACCUCAUAAGCCAAAGAGGAGCCCCUUUGAGUCUAUGGACUCUUGAGAAAAUGCUCUGUGACUAGCAAGGGCUCUAGAAAGAAUGGGUGUAUGUGCGUCAUUAGAAAGCUCUGUCUCACAUAAAUCAUCAGCUCUCUGACCCU